AUCGGAUGCGUCUUAGAUUGACCUCUCACUUAGUUUUUUAUGCGUUACAAUAGGGAUUUUGCGAUGCCAUGACUCUGCAAAUUGCAAGGACUGUGCUUCUUUCCAAGGGCAAAAGUACGCGAGGUGUGCAAUUCUUAGCAAUAACACAAAAACACUGCUCAUUUUGGACCGAUAGACCGUUUUCAUCAACGUCAAGAAUGACACAAAAUUCGAAGAAAAAGGCCGUGUUAUUUGACCUGGGAGGUGUCCUGUUUGAGCCGCCGCAGAAUGCCCUUCGAAAGUACGGAGAACAACUUGGAUUGCCCGGUUCUUUUCUAGAGAAAGCCAUGAUUAGAGGAAGGCCUGAUAAUGCUUUCUGUCGGAUGGAACGAGGGGAAUCUACUGCAAGACAGUUUGCAGAAGAGUUCAACAAGGAUUGUCAGGAUCUGUCCAAGGAAGAAGGCCAGGAGCUUCCCAAAGAGUUCAAUGCUAGCAGCAUGUUUGAUACCUUCAUGAAUAUUAAGAUGGUCCCACAAAUGCUGAAUGCUGUCACUGUCCUCAAGCAAAAUGGCAUAAAAACAGCAGCAGUUACCAACAACUAUAUUGAUGAUCGAGAGAAGAACUCAGUAGGUGCUGGGGUCAUGACGGCUCUUAGCUCCUUCUAUUUUGAUCACUUUGUUGAAUCCUGUCGGUUUGGGAAACGUAAACCGGACCCAAGUAUCUUCAAUGAAGCUCUAAGGAAACUAGAUGUUCAGGCACAAGAGACUGUGUUUCUGGAUGACCUUGGACCUAAUGUAAAAGCUGCAAGAGAAAUGGGUAUCUCAACCAUCCUUGUGAAGGAUCCGUCUGCUGCCCUCAAGGAACUACAGGAAGUCACCGGUAUAGACGUAUUCCAAGAAGCCAAACCUAUUUCUGUUCAUCCGGACAGGGUUCCUCAUUCUUAUGCCACAACCAGGAGUGGAGUAAAGUUCCAUUAUGUUGAUGUUGGUAGCGGUCCACCAGUCAUCUUUUGUCAUGGGUUCCCCGAAUCAUGGUAUGAAUGGAAAUCUCAGAUCCCUGCUGUAGCUGCUGCAGGUUUCCGUGUGAUUGCUAUGGACAUGAAAGGAUAUGGAGAGAGUAGUAAUCCACCAGAAAUUGAGGAGUACACAACAGAAAGGAUGUGUAAGGACAUGGCUGAAUUCUUGGAUGUCUUGUGCAUCCCUCAAGCUACUUUCAUUGGUCAUGACUGGGGUGGUAUGUUUGUAUGGAACUUUGCUACUCACUAUGCAGAUAGAGUUAGUGCUGUAGGUGGUAUCUGCACCCCUUUCUUUCCUGCUCAAAACAUUAUGAACCCUGUAGAGAAGAUGAAGAAAGAUCCAGGAUUGUAUGACUAUCAGCUUUACUUCAAUCAAGUGGGAGUAGCUGAAGCCGAACUUGAAGCCAACAUAGAGAAAUUCAUCAAAGCUUUCAUAAGACGCCCUCUGGAGGCAAAAGAAAUUGGAUUCACUGUUGCUGGGGUGAGAGCAAAAGGUGGUAUCUUGGCCGGUAUUGCGGAUGACAUCAAACUCAGUACUCUCCUUACAGAAGAUGAUCUCAAAUACUAUGUCAAACAAUUCAAAACAUGUGGACUCAGGAGCAUGCUAAAUUGGUAUCGUGUAACAGAAGCUAACUGGAAAUUUAAUCACCGUGCAAUUGGUCGAAAGUUGUACAUGCCUGCCUUGAUGGUUACCUGUGCCUGGGAUAGGGUUCUCCCACCCUCAGCAAGCAAAGCCAUGGAUCCAUUUGUUGUAAAUCUAACCAGAGCGCAGAUCGAAGACAGUGGACAUUGGGCAGCUCUAGAACAACCAAAGAAACUCAACAACAUCCUUAUUGAUUGGCUAAGUAAGGUGCAUAAAGAUUCCAGCCGACCAAUCUUCCCUUCUAGUCUGUAGAGAUACAGGCAUGAUGUAAGCUUCCUUUUGAUUGCCCAGUGAAACUGAAGGGGAGACCGUAUGGACCAAUCUUGGACAUUAUUAGAAAAUAUAAAUUAUAUUACCUCAAUUCAUAGAGAAAUAAAAUGCUUAUAGUUGCAGAUUUUUGCCCUUAUUAUUGGUACAGUAAAAGAUCAUGUUAUUUGACAGGGCUGUAUAAAUUAUUUGUACAUGAAGAUAUGUAAAGAUAGAAUAAGAUUUUAUACCAUACUUUCAUCGACCCUAUCCUCUGUCUCUUGCUCUCUUCCAGCUUUUUAAAAUCAUUUUGUCUUAGCUGCUAGCCGUUUCAGUUGUAUUACAUAGAAUAGGUUAAUUGGGUAGGGAGGCACUCAACUGUACUGGUGUACAUAUGUACAACCAGAUAAAAAAAAUGAAAUAAGGGUAGAUUUUUCUGUUUAAGAUGUGACACAUGUGUUUAUGUCAAGUUUGUCAAAAUUGCCAAAGAUUAGAAAAAAGGGAUGCAUUUUCAUUCAAGAUAAGAUAAUAAUUUCUUCAUUGCAUUUGGGGUAUCUUUUACCACAUUCGAUCUGGAUUUGGGGAAUCUAACUUCCCUUGAUUAGCGGCAUGUUUUCCACGGUUUGGAGAGUAAAACAUACACAGAAAGCAAAUGAAAGUGUGUGAAUAGGGGUAUAUUUGAAAAAUAUGCCAUAAAGAUUAGUUUCUAACACUUUUAGCUGUGUGUGUACAGCAAUAUGAUUCAGUGGCUACGCCUUGUGAUAAUCAAGUUUCAUUUGAUUUUUAAUUUACAUUUGUCUGCCAUAUUCUUCUGUAAUAGACCCCAGGGUACAUACUCCUGAUUUCAAUUCUGAACUCUGAUUGAGCAACUCUGCUUUUUACCAUGCAUGCUAUAUGUUUGCUCCUUGUUGGUUGGUUGUGUCGUGUAAUUUGAUAGUGCAAGUAAGUACAGUUGAAACUUAGUACAUGCUGAUCAUCAAUGUCAUCUAAUAGGAAGGAAUCAUGUUGAAGCUUUGACAAGGAGGGUGUUUCAUAGAGCUGUUUGAAUGUUACGACUGACCUUAUGCACAAUUGGUGAUCAUUUCUUGUGCUAAAUGAUCCCUGUGUACCUGACUUAACACCAAAGAACAUGUUCUAACUUAAAAAGAGCUUUAUGAAACACUCACCAGAUGGGUCUCUCAUAAAGAUGAUUGUAAUUUACAAAUGAUUUUAUGCAGGACUGGGGAUCCUUUCUCAAGCCAAAUUAUAUAUCCCUAUGUAGCUGAUUAAGUACGUAGGAACAUAUACCAGUCAUGUGUAAAGUUUUGCAUGAAUUUACAAACAGCUUUGUGAAACACCCCCAGAAUACUUUUAUUGUUGAAUCAGGUGAAGAGAUCUCUAUUCAAUGGCCUGUAUUCUGAAGUCAGGUUUAACUUAGACCAUGGAGCUACCAACACGCUUAGAACAUGGUCCAAUUCUGUUCUGAAAUUAUGGUGAGCCAA